GGCGGGGCCGGAGCGCCCGGGGCCACGAUGGAGCGCGACGGCUGCGCGGGAGGUGGGAGCCGCGGUGGCGAGGGCAGGCGCGCUCCCUGGGAGGGCCCCGCGGGGAACGGCCGCGAUCCGGGCCGCAGCGACGCCGCCGAGGCGCCCAGGGACCCGCAAGCGGCCGCGUCCUUGCUGGCCCCCAUGGACGUGGGGGAGGAGCCGCUGGAGAAGGCGGUGCGCGCCCGCACGGCCAAGGACCCCAACACCUAUAAAGUGCUCUCGCUGGUAUUGUCAGUAUGUGUGUUAACAACAAUACUUGGUUGUAUAUUUGGGCUGAAACCAAGCUGUGCCAAAGAAGUUAAAAGUUGCAAAGGUCGCUGUUUUGAAAGAACAUUUGGGAACUGUCGCUGUGAUGCUGCCUGUGUUGAGCUUGGAAACUGCUGUUUAGAUUACCAGGAGACGUGUAUAGAACCAGAACAUAUAUGGACUUGCAACAAAUUCAGGUGUGGUGAGAAAAGGUUGACCAGAAGCCUCUGUGCCUGUUCAGAUGACUGCAAGGACCAGGGGGACUGCUGCAUCAACUACAGUUCUAUGUGUCAAGGUGAGAAAAGUUGGGUAGAAGAACCAUGUGAGAACAUUAAUGAGCCACAGUGCCCAGAAGGGUUUGAAAUGCCUCCUACUCUCUUAUUUUCUUUGGAUGGAUUCAGGGCAGAAUAUUUACACACUUGGGGUGGACUUCUUCCUGUUAUUAGCAAACUAAAAAAGUGUGGAACGUAUACUAAAAACAUGAGACCGGUAUAUCCAACAAAAACGUUUCCCAAUCACUACAGCAUUGUCACCGGAUUGUAUCCAGAAUCUCAUGGCAUAAUUGACAAUAAAAUGUAUGAUCCCAAAAUGAAUGCUUCCUUUUCACUUAAAAGUAAAGAGAAAUUUAAUCCUGAGUGGUACAAAGGAGAACCGAUUUGGCUCACUGCUAAGUAUCAAGGCCUCAAGUCUGGCACAUUUUUCUGGCCAGGAUCAGAUGUGGAAAUUAAUGGAAUUUUCCCAGACAUCUAUAAAAUGUAUAAUGGUUCAAUACCAUUUGAAGAAAGGAUUGUAGCUGUUCUUCAGUGGUUACAGCUUCCUAAAGAUGAAAGACCACACUUUUACACUCUGUAUUUAGAAGAACCAGAUUCUUCAGGUCAUUCAUAUGGACCAGUCAGCAGUGAAGUCAUCAAAGCCUUGCAGAGGGUUGACAGCAUGGUUGGUAUGCUGAUGGAUGGUCUGAAAGAGCUGAACUUGCACAGAUGCCUGAACCUCAUCCUUAUUUCGGAUCAUGGCAUGGAACAAGGCAGUUGUAAGAAAUACAUAUAUCUGAAUAAAUAUUUGGGGGAUGUUAAAAAUAUUAAAGUUAUCUAUGGACCUGCAGCUCGAUUGAGACCCUCUGAUGUCCCAGAUAAAUACUUUUCAUUUAACUAUGAAGCCAUCGCUCGAAAUCUUUCUUGCCGGGAACCAAACCAGCACUUCAAACCUUACCUGAAGCAUUUCUUACCUAAGCGUUUGCACUUUGCCAAGAAUGAUAGAAUUGAGCCCUUGACAUUCUAUUUGGACCCUCAGUGGCAACUUGCAUUGAAUCCCUCAGAAAGGAAAUAUUGUGGAAGUGGAUUUCAUGGCUCUGACAAUACAUUUUCAAAUAUGCAGGCCCUCUUUAUUGGCUAUGGACCCGGAUUCAAGCAUGGCACUGAGGUUGACACCUUUGAAAACAUUGAAGUCUAUAACUUAAUGUGUGAUUUACUGAAUUUGACACCAGCUCCUAACAACGGAACUCAUGGAAGUCUUAACCACCUUCUAAAGAAUCCUGUUUAUACCCCAAAGCAUCCCAAAGAAGUUCAUCCCUUGGUACAGUGCCCCUUCACAAGAAACCCCAGAGAUAACCUUGGCUGCUCAUGUAAGCCUUCGAUUUUGCCAAUUGAGGAUUUUCAGACACAGUUUAAUCUGACUGCAGCAGAAGAGAAGAUUAUUAAGCAUGAAACUUUACCCUAUGGAAGACCCAGAGUUCUCCAGAAGAAAAACACCAUCUGUCUUCUUUCCCAGCACCAGUUUAUGAGCGGAUACAGCCAAGACAUCUUAAUGCCCCUUUGGACAUCCUAUACUGUGGACAGAAAUGACAGUUUCUCUACAGAAGAUUUUUCUAACUGUCUCUACCAGGACUUUAGAAUUUCUCUUAGUCCUGUCCAUAAAUGUUCAUUUUAUAGAAAUAACACCAAAGUGAGUUACGGGUUCCUCUCCCCACCACAACUAAAUAAAAAUUCAAGUGGAAUAUAUUCUGAAGCUUUGCUUACUACAAAUAUAGUGCCAAUGUACCAGAGUUUUCAAGUUAUAUGGCGCUACUUUCACGACACCCUACUGCGAAAGUAUGCUGAAGAAAGAAAUGGUGUCAAUGUCGUCAGUGGUCCUGUGUUUGACUUUGAUUAUGAUGGACAUUAUGAUCCUUCAGAGAUUCUGAGGCAAAAAAGAAGAGUCAUCCGUAAUCAAGAAAUUUUGAUUCCAACUCACUUCUUUAUUGUGCUAACAAGCUGUAAAGAUCCAUCUCAGACUCCUUUGCACUGUGAAAACUUAGACACCUUAGCAUUCAUUUUGCCUCACAGGUCUGAUAACAGUGAGAGCUGCGUGCAUGGGAAGCAUGAAUCCUCAUGGGUUGAAGAGUUGUUAAUGUUACACAGAGCACGAAUCACAGAUGUUGAGCACAUCACUGGACUCAGCUUCUAUCAACAAAGAAAAGAGCCAGUUUCAGACAUUUUAAAGCUGAAAACACAUUUGCUAACCUUUAGCCAAGAAGACUGAUAUUUUUUUAAUUCCCAAACCCCAUAAAUCUUUUUGAGAGAACCUUAUAUUUUAUACAGUACUCUAUCUACACUAUUGCAUUGUUCAGAAACUAUCGACCAGAGUUAGAACGGAGCCCUCGGUGAUACGGACAUCUCAGGGAAACUUGCCUACUCAGCACAGCAGUGAGAGAGUGUUCCUGUUGAAUCUUGCACAUAUUUGAAUGUGUAAGCAUUGUAUACAUUGAUCAAGUUUGGGGGAAUAAAAACAGACCACACCUAAAACUGCCUUUUUGCUUCUCUGAAGGGAGAAGUAGCUGUGAACAUUGUCUGGUUACCAGAUAUUUGAAUCUUACUGUCGGUAAUAAACCUUGAUGUAUUGGGCAAACAGUAGAUUUGUCGGUAGGAUUGGGGUAGCCCAUGUCACGUGACUAUCUUUAUGAGAAUUUUAAAGUGGUCAGGAUUUCUUUUAACUUGGAAUUUCAUUUCUUUUCAUUUUAAUAAAAAAAAAAAAAUUAACAGAAGCCAAAAUACUUCUGAGACACUCUUUCAAUCUUUGCUGUAUAUCCCCUCCAAAGCCAAAUUAUUAAUCUUGGGUUUUUGUUUUUCCUUUUUUAAUUUUUUUGAUUGGAUUUUUUUAGAUUUAAGGAUUCAAAUAACUUCAACUUUGAGGAAAGUUGAACUUAUAGUCAAAGAUCUUUGACUCUACAUACCUAUUAUAAAAUCUUACUCUGUAUUAAAAUUAUAUAUAUUACCAUCUUGCUUACUGGUAAUUAACAGGUUUAAAAUGGCUUUAAAUGUGGCCCUUUAGACUUCUAAAAUUGUAUCUUAUCUUGGCAAAACUUCAGAGCACCGGUCAAUACAUGCAAGGUGCCAUUUUUUACUGAGAUGGUGGGAGUGUUUCUCUCUGUGCACAAGACUUACUCUAGCAGCAGCAGAGCUGUUCUCUUUUGAGCGGUUGAUUUUGAAGUUCCAUAGAUUAAAGAGAACAUGUCACCAAUCACCUCACAUCUUGGUGGACAUGACAAAUGACACAAUGACCUUGAUUACUACCUUGAUUGUACCUUUUUGUCCCUACCUGUGAACCGUCUAAGAUUUCGUUAACUCUUAGGCUACCUAGGUCCAAUUUAGGUAUAAUAUUAGUACACCAAAGAUUUUUAUAUGUUCUUCGUAUGACCAUUCUUCAACAACCUAAAGGCCAGCUGCAAAGACCUUUGAAAAAUACAGUUUGCAACUGAAAAUUAUGUAAUAAUUUAGGAAGUUUCUCUUUUUAGUCCUGCAGUUUCCUCAGGCUCUGUAUAUUUUUUUUGGUCUGUUUUCUCUGCUGUUCAGAUUAGGUAAUUUCUGUUCUUCUGUCUUAAAGCUCACUAAUUCUUUCUUCUGUUUAAUCUGUUCUGCUAUUGAGCCCAUUUAUUCCUGUUUUUAUAUCUUAGUUAUUGUAUGUUUUAUUUCUAAAAUUUCCAUUUGGUUUUUCUUUCUAUCUUCUAUUUGCUGAGACUUUCUGUGUCUUUGUUGAGACUUUCUAUGUUUUUAUUUGUUUCAAGUGUGUUUGUACGUGCUUGUUGAGGCAUUUUUAUGAUGGCUGCUGUAAAAUCCUUAUCAGAUAAUUUCAACAUCUGUCACCUCAUUGUUUGCGUCUGCUGAUGGUCUUUUUUCCUUCUGAAAGAUUUGCCAGUUUCUUGGUGUGUGGAAUAAUCUUUGAUUGAAACCUGGAUAUUUUUAAGUAUUAUGUUAUGAAAUUGUAGAUCUUAUGUAAAUCUUCUGCUUUAGUCAAGUUUCUCUGAUACCACCACAGCAGGGGAAUCGGGAGCACUGCCUCAUUAUUACCAGGUGUGACUUGGAGUCCAGGUUCCCUUCUCAGCCUCCCUUGACACUUGGAGUGACAGGGUCCCCUUGUUACUGCUGGGCAAGGUGAGAAUUCAGUUUCCCAUUAGGCCUCUAUUGAUUCCUCCCUGGCAGGGAUGUGCGGGGCACCAUUUGCUGCACCCUGGGAAUCUCUACGGAUGCUGUGGGACAAGAGUGACCAGGAAGGGCUUUAUUACACCAGGUGGGAAUGAAAUUCCCAGUGGCCUAUACAGGUUUCUCCAGCACCACUGUGGUAAAAGAGUUGGGACACCUCUUUACAGCUUGGUGAGAGUGUAGGUCUAGGCUCCUCACUCGGCCUUUCCUGGUAUGGGUGGGGCCGUGUUUUUUCCAUGGUGUUUGGUUGGAGUAGAGCCGUCUUUACUCUUGCUUGGCUACCCUUUCUGGUCCUUUGGCAGGAGAAAGAGCACGGGACUCUUUUAGGGCUUUUCUUUCCCCUGCAUUUGUUGACAUUUCCAGGUUGCUGACUUUUUCAGCUCCAAGUUGGAAAUAUUUGAGCUGAAAAGAAAAUGCAGGGAACUCAUCACAGUGUUGUUCCUUGGGCCCCAAUGUUCCUAGCCUGUCUAUUUUAUCUCUACUGUUAAGAGUUUUGCUGUGUUUUAUUAUAAUAUCCAGGAUUUUUAUAUUCAUUUAGCAGAAGGAUAUCUACUCUGUCCUUGUAGAAGUGUCUCAUUGAUUUUUAUAUAUUCUUCCAGCACACAAACAUACACAAUUUAACUCAAAGCAUCUUAGCAGAGCUUAAUUAAAUGGAUAGAUGCCUGUUCCUUUGCUGGACAUCAAGAAUACAGAAAAGAACAAGUGACAAUUUUCACUGUCUUAGGGAGAAGAGGCAGCAGAAGUGUGAAUGAUCCCUAAAGAGUGAUAGAUGUGACCGUGAAGCCACAGGAAGGGUGUCAGGCAGCACACAAGAGACAUUGGAUGCCUCUUGGUUGUCGAGGUAGUGGCUUCCCAGCCUUGGGGCUAAGACUUGAAGGGCGAAUUGGAGUUUUUCAGAUGAGCAAGGCAAAGAAGGGACCUUCUAAUAUUCCUUGGAUGGAUACAUUUUUAAUAUUUUCCCAUCUGUAGCUACCUAUAUUUUCUACAAGUGUCACUGUGACCAACUUAUGUACAAAUAGUUUUACUUGCUUUGUUAUAAUAAGCGAUUCUUAAAGAAAAUGUCAAACUCUACAUUCUAUGCUGACUCUUAAGGAAGAGUCACAUCUGCUCCUACUUAGCUUUUUUUUUGUGGUUUUUACACAGUAUUCUUUUUUUCUUUUCUUGUCUUGAAAGAGACGACUCCUUUUGCCAUUUUAAUCAAUUUAAAUCUGUGGUUUUUUAAAUCAGUUUAAAUCUGAUAAAAUGGUAAAUGUGACUGAUCUCUACUCCCCCAGUCUGAAUGGUAAAUGAGAAUUCCCAUUUACCAUUUACCAUUCAAAGUAGGAUAAAUUCCCAUUUACCAUUCAAAGUGGGAUAAAUGUCUUUAUCCUACUUUCUUCAAUAAAGGCUGUUCUUUGCUUUUUAAAUGCAAAGUAAGACCUUAAUUUAUCCUGAAUUUUACUGCCAUGCUUCAAGUCAGUACUUCUUAAGUGAGGUAAGUAACCUCCAUAGAAAAUUUCCAUCAGUUCAUUCAUGAAAGAACAAAGAACCUGGCAGAAUGUAAAAAUAUUUCCAAGAAUCAGAGAAAGAGGACAAACCUUAGGGAGAAGAAGGCAGAUGCUCAUGUUCCAGCAGGGAAGUAGCUGCGUAGACUACAAGGACUGUUAGGCCAGUUGGCCAGUCCUGUUUAAGGAGACAAGCUGGGUAUGGAACAGGGACCACCCUGUCCCUGGGAAAGGUCAUUACCCCCUUCACUUUUCUUCUGUCAUUACCCACAAUCACUGUCCUCCUUUGCACUAUGGUGGAUGUCUACUUGUCAUAUGAAUGGGCAUUUGAACUUUGAAACUGAAUGUGGUGAUUGCACUUCAUGCUGAAGCUUAUCACAGGGUGCUUUCAUAAGCAUUAAGUAAAAUUUUAUAAUGGCUGCAGUCCAAGGACAUUUCCCUGGUUUUUGGCCAGUCUAAAUAUUGUACGAGAGAAAAAAAGUAUACAGAAUAGAGUUGUCUCUAAGGUAAGAAAUGUGGAUGUUGAAAUAAAACAUAUAUACAGAA